AAUUUGGCCAAUGUUGAUGCCCCGGUUCACAGAGUGACGUCGUCUCAUCGACCAAUCCGCUUAAUUCUUUAUGCCUUAACAAACCCAGUUCGGUUGCUAUAUAAACACAUUGACAACAAGCUUCCAGCACAGAUCUGUGGGAGAAUCGAAUGCCCUGAAGUUAAUCUUAACAUCGGUAUCCACUAUGAAGGCAGUCAGUCCGGUGAGGUCCAUAAGGAAACCCGCCUUGUAUUUUUCGGAGCAUAAUCUCGGGAUCUCACGGAGCAAGAGCUCCUCGGACGACCCGCUCAGUUUACUGUACAACAUGAAUGACUGCUACAGCAGGUUGAAGGAGCUCGUGCCGAGUUUACCGCAGAACAAGAGCGUGAGUAAGAUGGAGAUCUUGCAGCAUGUCAUAGACUACAUUCUGGAUCUUCAGAUCGCACUGGACCAGAACCCGCAACAGCAGGUCCACGGACAGAGCCCUCCAAAAAUGAGCGUCAGAUCACUCGGAGCUGAUAUCAGCAUCAUCUCCUUCCAGCCCAGUAACCCUCCAACAGAUGACCUCUUAAACCUGUCUCGUUGAAAUGGUGUUUCGGGCAUGGAGCAAAAACAGGGGCUUUUUGUGUUUUUUGUCCCGUGUCAUUCGCCUGGAUUUCGUCUUGAAUGACAAAGGACUUCCCUCAAACGGACAUAAAAAGUUUCUGGGUUAGUUAUAUACGGACUUUCAUAUUCUUUCUUCCAAAGGAAGAUUAAAAAAGACUGGAGAUAUUUUAAAGGAAACCCGUAAUUAAGCAAACAAUCUCAAAAAGCAGGUUUUUGUUGUUGCUUUUAUGUUAUCAAGAUGAAGCGCAAAACGAGCGCGCAUUUUAACGGCUCUAAUCCAGUUCGUCAAAGGCUGCGAACUCUGUAAAAAUGUACUUUUUUUGUUUCCUCUUUCUGCUGAAAAUGUGAUGUUUAUAAUAUUACAGAAAUUUUUAUAAUAACAACGUAAAUGGCACUUUUAUACUGUAUAUAGUUAAAUGAGAAGUAUGAAUUCUGUGUCCUUGUCUCAGCUAUAGAUGCAUUGUUUUUGUUGUUUAUCAUUUUUGCAAAUGCAUAAAGCGUAUUAACUUAUUACCGUU